AUGCACGUAAUAAGGAUAAAGGUUUUGAAAAUUUCAAUUGUUUCAAUAAGUUUUUCACCAAUAUUUCAAUAUCGUUUUAAAAAAUUUCGUAGAUGGACGUACAGCUCAGAGAAGACAUUGAAAGGUUCUGGAAUGACAGCAGUAGUUAAUUCAUACGACGGCGGAGGAUACUACAUUGACCUCAAUACAACCAUGAAUUCAUCGCAAAUAAUCAUCAAUAAUCUAAAAAACAAUCUUUGGAUAGACAGGGGAACAAGAGCUGUCUUCAUCGAUUUUACAGUUUACAACGCGAAUAUAAAUCUGUUCUGUACUGUAAAAUUGAUAGCAGAGUUGCCUCCAACAGGCGGAAUUGUACCAUCUUAUGUCAUAAGACCUGUCAAAUUGGUGCGAUACAACACUAUCGGAGAUUUCGUUGUGCUAGCCAGUGAAAUAAUUUUUUGCAUUUUUGUCAUAUAUUAUAUUGUGGAAGAAAUCCUUGAGAUAAAAAAGCUUCGAUGUUCCUAUUUCAAAGAAUUUUGGAAUGUGCUGGACAUAGUUGUUUUAUUGAUAAGCAUUUGCUGUAUAGGUUUCAAUAUCUACUGCUUUUUGGAAGUCAGAAAAAUUCUUGACAAAGUGAGCACAAAUCCAAAUGUGUAUGUGGAUUUCGAUUUCAUCAGCUACUGGCAAGUGGUUUUCAAUGCGGCAACGGCCAUCAUGGUCUUUUUUGCUUGGAUAAAAAUUUUCAAAUACAUAAGUUUCAACAAGUCAAUGUCUCAAUUGUCCAGCACACUUGGAGCAAGUGCUAAAGAUUUAGGAGGAUUUGCUAUUAUGUUUUUUAUAAUUUUUCUGGCUUUUGCACAACUUGGAUACCUUAUGUUUGGAACUCAAGCAGUUGAUUUCAGUACCUAUUCCUAUUCAAUAUUUACAUUGUUUCGCAUCAUCUUGGGUGAUUUCAACUUUCAAGCAUUGCAACAAGCAAACAGGGUUCUUGGUCCUAUCUACUUCAUUCUUUACGUCUUCUUUGUAUUCUUUGUACUGCUCAACAUGUUUUUGGCCAUCAUUAACGACACUUAUUCUGAAGUGAAAGCUGAACUGGCCGAUCAGCCAAAUGAUAUUGAUGUCGCUGGAUAUUUCAAACAGGUUUCAAAAAAUCGCAUAUCGGUGUUACAUAUUCGACUUCUUCUCUGUUUCAACAAAUAG